AUGGGCCAGCUGCGAGCCACCAAGUCCGGGCUUCUCGUGGGCACGGUGAUUUGCAUCUCCAUUUUUCUCUAUUUAAGGAAUCCAGCUCCCAAGGAACCAGAGCAGGAGCCCACGCCCCCAGUCGUAGUGGAGUGUGGCUUUUACCCAGAUGAACUGUGCUCAGCUUUACUUGAAGGGAAAGAGGCGGCCCCCCAAAUUGCAAGAUUUUGUAAGAAUCCUCAUCGAUCUGAGCUCCUUGCUCACUUACACAGCCCAGGAAACUGCUCCAGGAUCUCCCAGGGGUUACGCUUCAUAACCAGGCCCCUGUCUGCACAGGAGGGUAAUUUCUCCUUGGCGUAUAUCAUGACCAUUCACGAGGAGCUGGACAUGUUUGUGCGGCUUCUCAGGGCGGUUUACGUCCCUCAAAACGUUUACUGUAUACAGGUGGAUGAAAAGGCCCCCAAGAAGUUUAAGACUGCCGUGCAAACUCUGGUUAACUGCUUUGAAAACAUUUUUAUUUCAUCAAAGGCGGCUUCUGUUGGUUUUACAAGACUACAGGCAGACAUUAACUGCAUGAAAGACCUAGUCCGUUCUAGAUUUCAAUGGAACUAUGUCAUUAACCUUUGUGGACAGGAUUUUCCAAUCAAAACCAACAGAGAAAUCAUUCGCUUCCUCCAAAGCAAAUGGAAUGGUAAAAAUAUCACUCCUGGAGCAAUCCAGCCGCCAAGGGCUAAGUCCGACAGCAACCAGAGCCACUCCAAACCCACCCCCGCAGCAAACGCCUAUGUGUCUCCAAAUGCAAGAUUCCAAGGGGAACCACCCCAUAACUUAAAAAUCCAUCUUGGAAGUGCUUACUAUGUACUGACGCGGAAGUUUGUUGAGUUUGUCCUAACUGACAUCCGAGCAAAAGACCUGCUUCAAUGGUGCAAAGGCGUCCAGAGUCCAGAGCAACGUUUCUGGCUGACCCUGAACCGAGUGAAAGAUGCUCCAGGAGCAACACCAAACGCUGGCUGGGAAGGAAAUGUUCGUGCCAUUAAAUGGAAGCACGAGGAAGGAAGAGCUCACCGUGGGUGCAAAGGCCAUUAUGUCCAGGACACCUGCGUCUACGGACUAGGAGACCUGCCAUGGAUUGUUCAAUCGCCUGCUUUGUUUGCCAGCAAAUUUGAGUUCGCCCCAGACCCCCUGGUGGUGACGUGCCUGGAGAGGCGACACAGACUUAACGCACUACAGCAGGCAGAAGUCCCCGCAGACCCACACUGGCACUUUCAACAGAACACCCACUUCAAUACGUAA